AUGGAGAGCAGAGGAGCACUGUCAGAUGAGGCUGUUUCUGCGGCCUGUAUGGAGGGAGACCCCAUCACUAAGGUGACUCUGACAUUUUCAUUUUCACUUGAAUUUUAAAGGGAUUUCAGUGGUUUUAGUCUCAUUUUUCUGCCCUGACUGCAGACUACGUGGUGAGCUUGUAAUGCAGUCAAACCUGUUAGAAUGAGUCUUCAGACCUGCAGAAGCCUGCAAGCCACACUGACAGCUCACACACUUUAACAUUUAGUUCAGAGAGUGAGUUUAACAGCAGGAAGAUCCACACUGAGGAGAUUUAAGGGAGUUGAUUCUUUAAACCUAAGGAUAAAAGAGGCUAAAACAAUUACAUGUCAACCUUGUCAGGAACAUUUUAAAUGAUUCCAUCCUAUCCAACAGUUCACUCCCUUAAAUAAUACAAACCAGUUUGAAGUUUGUCUCUUCAAGCAGAAAGUUUCAGUUUCAUGUGCCAAGAUUUUACGAUAUCCACUCCUGGGAACUGGAGGAUCAUCAGUCCAGUUUUUAAGUUACUGUCACUGCUCUCAACUCUGAAAUACAGAAGAUGUGUAAGAUUUAAAAAAAAAAAAAACAUGUCCUAACAGCUGUGUUUGUUGACACUUGAGUUCUUCUUUCCUGUCUUUCUUAUUUUGUGCAGGACUUCAUGAUGCAGCAGACUAUGCUGAGGGUCAAGGAUCCCAAAAAAUCUCUGGAAUUUUACACUCGGAUCCUCGGCAUGACGUGAGUCCUCUAUCUAAACCUCAAACCUUUAAAAAAUAGGAAAAAAAUAAAUAAAUAAAACUGAAAAAAUCAGUAAAAGAGAUCACACCUCUCUCUUGCUGGUAUGUGAUUUAUAUUUUAACAAAAAAGUUCAACCAGAAAUCUUUUUGAUUUAGUUUCACCUGAGAAUUAAAUGCAAAUGACACUAAAUUUUAAGAAAUUAACAUUUUUCUGAUAAAAUUUUUAAGAAUAUAGAAAACACCACAGAGAUAGAAACAAAGAUUAGUCUUGUUUUUGGUAGGGGACAAGUCAGGACUGCAGGCAGACCAGUUUAUAAGCAGGACUCUUCUACUACAGAGCCAUGCUGUUGUAAUCCCUGCAGAAUGUGGUUUAACAUUGUCUUGUUGGAAUAUGAAGGUCUUCCCUGAAAAAGUUUUUGUCUGGAUGGCAGCAGAUGUUGAUCCUAAACCGGUAGAUAUUAUUCAGCAAUAACGGAGCCUUAACAGAUGUAGUACCAUAUCAAGCUACCCAUGACAUGGACUUUGAGGUUGGAUUGUCCCUCUUUUCUUUAGUGAGGAGGAUGCAGCAUCCAUGAUUUCGACAGGAUGGUUUUCUUCUUCCCCCAGGACCCAGAGUUUCUGGAUUAUAGUCCUAUCUGGGUUCUUACUGUUUACCUUUUUGGUUGUUCCUUUAUAGCAGGGGUGGGCAAUUAAUUUUUACAUGGGGCCACAUGAGAAACCUGAACUGUGUUGGAAGGCAGAAACAACAAUAACUUUAACUUCAAAUCAAGGGGGCGGCAGUAGCUCAGGAGGUAGAGCGGUCGUCCAAUGACCGGAAGGUUGGCGGUUCGAUUCCCCCCUAAUCCAAGUCUGUCCGUUGUGUCCUUGGGCAAGACACUUAACCCACCUUGCUCCCAGUGUGUGUCCUCCACUGGUGUAUGAUUGUGAGUGUUGUGUGGUGGUGGUUGGAGAGGCCGUAGGCGCAGAAUGGCAGCCACGUCUCCACCACCACCAAAAGUGUGACUGUGUGAGCGAAUGAAUGAUGUAUCCAAUGUAAAGCGCUUUGAGGGUCUCUGAUAAAGCGCUAUAUGAAAUCUGAUGCAUUAUUAUUAUUAUUAUUAAGGGGGUUCACACAUAGAGAAAAGCAAGCCCAAAUAAGCAAGUAGUAGUUAAAAACAAGCCCCAAAAAGUGCACCCGCGACUCACAAGUUUUAUAAGUGACUUCUGAGAGAAACAAGCUUAAAGUCUUUUAUAAUGAGCAAACUUGGCAACUUUAAGGCGUAUACGAAUAUUUUGCCAAUGUUUAAACUUUUCUCUGUUCACCAAUGCAGAUCUAGUAUGUACGCACAUGCAUCCAAACAGAAAUCAAACAAUGGCUAGGUUUUCAAAAUAAAAGCAACACACUUUUAUAGCAUGUUGAUGAUUUGAUUGACGGAUGUGGCCCUUGGGUCGUAAAAUGCCCAGUUCUGCUCUGUAGCAACUUUUUUCCUGUAUGGUUGUUCUUCCAAGAGCUUUUUACCUGUAUGGUCAUUCCUGUACUGACCUUUUUGAAAAGUGUUGCUGAACUCAAAUUUGAUAUAUUUGUACAAAACAGUUACAUGUUUCAGUUUGAACAUAAACUCUUCUUUGUCUCCAGUUUGCUGCAGAAAAUCGACUUCCCCUCGAUGCGCUUCACUCUGUACUUUCUGGGUUAUGAGGAAAAAUCAGAUAUCCCUGCUAACAUCAAAGAGAGGACAGCGUGGACUUUUUCUCGCAGAGCCACUAUAGAGCUCACACAGUAUGUAUUAAUACACAUACAAGGAACUUUAAAACAUCAGGACUUCUCCUUUUUAUUGAAUGUUAUUCUCUGUUUGUGUCAGUAACUGGGGGUCAGAGUCUGAUGAAUCUUUAUCGUACCACAAUGGAAACAACGAACCUAGAGGAUUUGGUGAGGAGAUUGAAUUCAGUAGUUAUUUAAACACUUAUUUUUAACCACAAUGAACUGUUUUUUGCUGUAUAUUUGCAGAUUCAUGAGCUCUAAUAUAUGUGUGUGUUGCUUUAGGUCAUAUUGGCAUUGCUGUUCCUGAUGUUUAUGCGGCCUGUAAACUGUUUGAAGAGCGGAAAGUGAAAUUUGUGAAGAGACCAGACUCAGGUGAGAUGUCUCAUAGCUGUGGACCAAAACAGAGGACAGAUCCUCACUGCAGCGCUGAACUUCUUAAGUAUCAGCCUUUCUUUAUCCUGUCUUUUUAAUGUAAAUCCAGUCUGCACAUGGUGGAUUUGAAAUAUUCCGUCGAACAUGUUUGUGGUCGGUAUCAGUUCUGGCCAGCAGGAGGAGCUCUAACUCAGAUAAACGUCUUAAUACUUAGGACUAAUGCAGCUCACAGUCUUCAUUUUAGGAUUUGGUUCUAAAGCAAGUUCCUCUCAGUGUAACCCUGACAUUAAAGGGCUAAUCCGUAGAUUUCUUUUUUGUUUAGAUUCCGCUUUUAACAUUAUGACUAAAAAAAGUGUGUGUUUGUAUUGACUUCCAUUAUCUCCCUUUUUCACAGGUAAAAUGAAGGAUCUAGCCUUCAUUCAGGACCCUGACGGAUACUGGAUCGAGAUUUUAAGUCCAAACAACAUGGUCUCACUGAUGUCUCCUGAGGAAAAAAACAGUGCUGAAACAAAAUAA